AUGGAUGACAACCAGCAGUCGAAUCGCACUGGAUGGACCAACGAGAGCGUGAAUGAGCGCGUUUGCAUGUUCCCUGACGACCGCUUCCACCCGCUCAAGCCGGACGCCGACCGUCUCCACGACGAUCUGGUGGAGGCCGCGGAGCUUGAGGGCUCCCCAAAAACGUCCAAGGAACUGGACUCCACGCUAGUGCUGCACCAGUUCUUGCCAGCUUGGGACGUCCAGGCCUAUGUGCGCGUCGCAGGCAUUCGGUUGCACGUGCACAACUCCAAGUACCCAAUGUACGAAGCUACCGGGGAACUGCCACAAUUGAGCGACGGGAACUUCUUGCUGCCAAAAGAAGAGAUUAUCAUGCAUCUGCAGACGUUUCAUACAGACAUUGACAAGGAUCUGAGUGACGUACAGCGCAGCGAGUCGUAUGCUUACCGGUCGAUGGUGUCGGAGAAGUUGAGGCGCGUUGUCCUGUAUUGUCAGUGGGUGGAUUCCGCUACGUACAACGAGGUCACGCGGCCGCACAUGAAGCGCGUGCUUCCUUUUCCGUUGAAUCUUUUUCUGCCGAAGAAAUUGCAUUUGGACACCAUGGAGAAGCUUCGCUUGUAUGGUAUCCUAACAAAAGAGCAAGCGUACGUCAUUGCACGCGAUUGCUACACGUCACUCAAUGCGAAGCUGGAGAAAGGUGGCUCGCCCUAUUUUUUCGGAGACAAGCCGAGUGCACUGGAUGUAGCCGUGUUUGGACACAUUGUUGAUGCGCUAGGGAACUCCCAACUAGCAGUUACUGUGCAUCAACAUGCGCCACUGCUGAUCGGUUUGGCAGAGCGCAUCCGCGACGCGUACUUUGGCGCUGACGGCGAUCAGCCUGCGAGUCUCAGUGCAGAGGCUAUGUACUCAGAAAACCAAGCCAAUUACUUUGCGACCACGUCUGUGAAUAGCGUUUUCAUGAAGAAGAUAUCGACGCCAUUGCAGAUAGAUUUCUUGAAACCUUAUCGGAGCCUAGAUUGGAGUCGUCGGGCGCUCGCAUCGGAGGUAACUGAGAAAAAACGGGAGGAGGAAGAUGAACGACGCGCAGUCGCGGAAGAAGAACAGGGUGAGGCUUUUCAAAAGGGUUCUCGCAAUGUUGUGAUCGGCGCCAUCACAGCGUUGGUCCUGUACGCCGUGGCUGCCUGGCCAGUGGCUGUGGAUAUUGCUGAGGGGGAUGACGGUGAUGAGUAUCAUGAGGAAGACGGCGAAGACUUGAAGAGUGACUGA